AUGAAAAGAACAGAAAAUAAAACUUAUAUGCUUGGUGGGCAAAAAUUACUAGAAAGCGAAAAUUUUAGGAAAGAAGAGAGAGGCAUUGAACUAGCAGAGAAAGUUAGUUCGGCAAAUUGGCAUUAUCUCCUGUUUAAUUUUAAUGCAAAAAGCGCCCAUUUAAACGAGAACCAAAAAAGAGAUUUAAUUAGCCUUUGCCAAACCACUCCUGCUGAAUUUUGGUUGAAUUUUCCUCAUAAAACCUUAACUUCAACUGAUUAUCACCAAGUUUGUCAAAAAAUCCGGCGAUUAAAAAUCUUGGAUAUUGGCACUGGCUGUGGCAAUUUAGCGAUUUGUUUAGCCAAAGUUAACCCCCAAUGGAAAAUAACGGCCACAGAUAUCAGCAAAAAAGCCUUAAAAAUAGCACAAAAAAAUGUGUUACUACACCAAGCAAAAAAUGUCAAAAUAGAAGAAGUGAAAGAAAAAGAAAGCAAUUUAUUUAAUGAAAAUUCGGAAGCAAAAAAAACAAAGAAAUAUAAUGUAAUUAUUACCAAUCCUCCUUAUAUUAAUGAAAAAGAGCACCAUGAACUUCCCUUUUCCACUAAGCAGCAGCCAAAAAGAGCCCUGGUUGCACAAAAUGACGGCUAUUGA